AUGCCGUCCAACGAGAACGCUCAGGCAAUCAUGGCCGCCAUCGCCACAGACAGGAGCAAAGUGCUCGGCGUGGUCAUUGGCGACAAGAAGAUUGAGCCGCCUGGCUUCUACAUUCCUCGCGGCGAAGCCAGGGCCCUUCCCGAAAUCAGCUUCCCUGUUCCCAACCCCUCUGCGCGGUACAUUAUCGUCAGCAUGGACUUUGACGCGCCCUAUCCGUCGUGGCCCUUUUUCGGCCCUGUUCUGCACUGGGUCCAGGCCAACCUCGUCCCUAUCAGCUCUUCCUCUGCACAGGAGGGCGACUUUGUCACACUCGGGAUGGAGGAGGGGUCGGUUGGGUGCAUCGCGAGGUACCUGUCGCCGAAUCCGCCGCCGGGGAGCACGCCGCAUCGAUAUGGGUUUUAUCUGUACGAGCAGCCGGACGGAUUUGACGCCGCGCGGUGGGCACCGGAUGCGGAUGGGAACAUGGGAAACUGGACGAGGAUACGGUUUGGCUUGGAUGAGUGGGAGAAGGAGGCUGGUCUGGGCGCGAUGUUGGCGGCAAACUAUUUUACAAGCAAUUAA